UAAAACUCCACUAGUCAUACUUUAGGAAAGACACACUCUUUUAGUCACACGGUUGGUAAUUUUCUCUUGUGGUUACUCUGAUGAGUAACCAUGCAUAAAUGGGAUGGUAAUGCACAAAUCCUACAUAAUUGCACUACUUUUUUAGUAGGGUAUUUUCCCGCUCAAUGGCCGAACACACGUCUCAGCCGUACGAUGGAAAAAACAUAUACGGCUUUCAUUUUCCUCAUCGUCUUCGAUCACUUUCACUUCGCUCAUCAUCUUUAGCUCAUAGUCUUCAUCAUCUUCGCUCAGAUUACUUUUUCGAUUUGUGGAAUUGAAAGGAUUUUGACUUCAUUCCAGAUCCACUGCACACUCAAUCGCUUUGAAAGGUCAAGAUACAUCUCUUUCUGAAUCGCACAUCGUCACCUCAUUUCUCAAUUCCAGAUCCGCUGCCUUCAUCCAAAAUCCCUACUUUCUGAUUUUCUUCAUAAGAUCUCUUUGUUCAGUUUUUAAGGCAUUCGAGUUCAUCCCAGAACUAAUCUUUAAGCUUGACAUGAGUUUCUUUUAUUAUAGAAUACCUUGUGAGAUAAUGAUGUUGAGAGACUGACUCAGAAAUAAGCUUGAAUUCAUCUUUAACCAAUUCGGUAUGGUUGCUGAGUUGCUUUAGUGUGUGUAUAUAAUUACUUCUUGGAGGUAUGGAUCAAUUGAAUACAUCAACUUGUAUGAGGUGGAGUAAAGAGUAUACAAUAUUGCAUUUAAUCUUUUUAAGUAAACAAAAUUGAGUUUUUAGUGUUAAUUGAGUACACAUGUUAGAUUAACACGUUAAUACGGUUGGGUUGGCUAACAGAACGCUAAUAGGUCGACUUCUUGAAGGUCGAGCCAGCCCCCACCCACUUCAUCGACUUCUCCUUGGUCGACAUCAGUCCCCCGUAGGUUGACUUAUCCUUGGUCGAUGCACCCCUGCUGGCCCAUGCCCCUGCAGGUCGACCUCCGAAGGUUGAUUUUUCCUUUUUGGUCGACUUCGUGAAGGUCGACGCCAUAACUUUGGUCCAUCACCCCUUGUUACUCACCAUUCCGUUAGCCAACUGAGCUGUAUUAACGUGUUAAUCUAACGUGUGUACUCAAUUAACACUAAAAAUCCGAGUUUGUGUAUUUAAAAAGAUCAAAUGCAAUAUAUUGUACUCUUUACUCCACCUCAUACAAGUUGGUGUACUCAAUUGACACUUUCCCCUCUUACUUUUUGUAGUGUAACAAUAAGAUAAUGGUUUUUUAUUGAACGGAAUUUAUGUGUGUAACUGUGUACUAUUAUUCUAAGCAAUCAAUUUUUUGAUAUACUUUGCUAGAUACGUAUAAUAAAUUCAACAGAUAAACUAAGUUCUUUUGGUUUUAUGGUUGAGCACUUUCUAAGCACAAUUCCUAAGCACUCAUAGUUUGCAUUCAUGUGGUGUUGGGUCGCUUUAUUGAUACGAAGUAUUAGUUGUACUAUUACUUGGUUGUCGCAUUAUUUGCAAAUCAAUUAUUACAUACAUUCAGUUUUUUGACCCUGUCCUUCAAACUAAUUUCCAUUUUUUAUGAUUCAAAAUUAGCAUGAUCAUGUGUAUUGAAAACCAGUGGUGAUAACUCAUAAAUAGCAAGAAACUUCCUUUUAGCAUAAUGUAAUUAAGUUUUUGUGUUAUAUGUACAUUUAUAUAUACUUGAAAUAACUACAUACUUCAAAAAGAUAUUGUCCAAUUAUAAAAGAGUAGAACUUUUCAUUUGAACUAUUUGGCUGAAAUGCAUAGGUGUUGUUCAAAAACACGGGCUUCAUAAUAUUAUAAACAGCCGAACUCUAAGAGCCCGUUUGGUAGCACCAAAAUCAGCUGUUUUGGCUGAUUUUGCUGAAAUUUAUGAUAUUCUGGCUGGAGUGGCUGUUUUGGCUGAUUCUGCUGAUUUAAGAAAAAAAUAUUUUAAAAAUAUAUUUUAUUAAUAAAUUAAAGAAAAAAUUAUAUGUAAAAAUAGCUAAAAUGGUCCUCUACAGUAACUUCAGCCAAUACAGCCAGAAAAGUAACUCCAACCUUACUUUUUCGGCUUAUUACACAAUUCAGCGCGCGAAAGUAAAAAUUACGUGUUUGGUGAAAAAGCUGGCUGAUAAGCCUGACAAGCCGAAAACAGAGUUCUCCAAACGGGCUCUAAGAAGAAAAGAACAUCUCAAUAGAUUUUGCCUCAGUGACAUAAAAACAUCUCACUCAACGUAUCAAAAACAUAUUGAUUCUGUUUUUACUCAUUUACUUGAUUUCUUUGAAAUACAUACUAUCCUCCGUGUUUUAAUCGCAACAUGUUGAAUUUUACACUAUUCACAUGUUCUACUUUGUUUACAUUUUACGGUAUUAUUUUAUGAAAAUUAUUUUUGUAAAAAAAUAUUGUUCAUUUCAUCUCAUUACAAAUUUUCCAAAUCUGAUUUUUAAUUAUUUUUUACUAAUAGAAAUUAAGAUAUAAUUACGGUCAAAGACGUGCAUUGGCAAAUGUGAAAUGUUGACCGUUAUAUCUUAAUCUAUAGAUUCCAGUCUUUUAUUUACAGUAGAUGCUUCACUCUUCUCAUUUUCUUAGACACCCUAUUCGGAAUAAGAAUUUCUUCCUCAGCUAUAUUUGUAGUGAACUAUACUGCAUAUGGAAUGUUUGAUAAAAAGUUUAGGUGUUUUUUAUUUGUUUUUUAAGUAGCAUUAAUCCAGGUUUUUGUUUAUAGAUGAAAAGUCUGUAAUUCUUAUAUUUAGAACAUGAUCUCAUUCUCC